AUGCGGUCUGCAGUCCCCUUGCUGGGCCGCAGAGUGUUGCCCAUCUCACGCGUGCGGUGUACAGCACCGGCGAGGACUUGCAAGCGUAUGGCGACAGACGGCAAGCAGAGCACGGCGAGGAGAGACCUGCUCCAGCAGAUUGAAGCUGAUGUGCAGAAGAAGUGGGAGAAGCAGAAGAUCUUCGAUUGCAAUGCUCCUGACAGCACCAGCGAGAAGUUCAUGUGUACUUUCCCAUAUCCGUACAUGAAUGGCCUGCUACACAUCGGCCAUGCUUUCUCCUUGACGAAGGCAAUCUUUGCCGCGCACUUCAAUCGCUUGCUUGGAAAGAAGGUCUUAUUCCCUUUCGGCUUCCAUUGUACAGGCAUGCCAAUCCAGGCUGCAGCCAACAAGCUGGCGAGGGAGUUCGACGUGUACGGCAAGCCAUAUCCAAUCUUUCCGCCCGGACGUCCGCAGCCCAAGGAGUCGUCGCCCGACGUCAUUGAGAUCGAUGAUGACGGCGUCACCAUGCAGUGGAAGCCCCCAGCAUCCACGGGCAAGAAGGCAGUCAAAGAGUAUGUCGUGCACAUGAAGGUCCAGGAUCAAGACUUCAAGGUCGUCAAGAAAAUGCCACCCCCGAGCCCUGAGGAACUCAAGGCGGCUGGCAACAAAGUCCGGACGGUUCUGCCCAUCGAGAGUGGAGGUUGCAUCUACAAGGUCGUCGCCGUCUUGGAGGAUGGCUCAUCAUGUCCUCCCAGCCCAGAGUCAGAUCAAGUUUCUGUUGAUGCAGCACCCAAAGACAAGAAGAGUGGCGCUGCAGGUGGAAAGCGUGUGGCAAAGAAAAUUCUGGCCAAGAGCGGUGACGCGGCAUUCCAGUACGAGAUCAUGAAGGCAAUGGGACUGUCUCCUGAAGACAUUCCCAAGUUCGUUGAUCCUUCAUACUGGCUGCAGUAUUUUCCGCCUCUGGGUGUCCGUGAUCUGAAACGCCUGGGCACGCCGGUCGACUUCCGCCGAUCGUUCAUCACGACAUCUGCAAACAGCUUUUACGAUAGCUUUAUCCGUUGGCAAUUCAGGAAGCUGAAGCAAUCCGAAAAGAUUGGAUUUGGAAAGAGACCGACGAUUUACAGUGAGGUGGAUGGACAGGCAUGCAUGGACCACGAUCGAGCAGAAGGCGAGGGUGUUGGACCCCAGGAGUACACUGCCAUCAAGAUCGAGCUACUGGAAUGGACGGACAUGAUGAAAAAGUUCUUUGCAGAAGGGAGCAAGGUUUUCUUGCUGGCAGCGACCCUGAGGGCCGAGACCAUGCCUGGACAGACCAACUGCUGGAUUCUGCCUUCUGGGCAGUACGGAUGCUACAAAGGUCCUGGCUUGGAAGUCUAUGUGUGUUCGCAUCGAGCUGCUCGCAAUAUGAGCUUUCAGGAUAUCUUGCAGCCCUGGGGCAAGCCCUACUGCUACAUGGAGGUUUCAGGUCAGGAGCUUUUAGGAAAGAAGGUCAAAGCUCCAACCACGAAGUUCGACCACGUCUUCGUGCUGCCGCUGCCUACGAUCAAGAUGGACAAGGGAACCGGCGUCGUCACCAGCGUCCCGAGUGACUCACCUGAUGACUAUGCUGCCUACAUGGAUCUGAUGAAGUCAGACAAGAAGCGAGAGUUCUUCGGAGUGAAGAAGGAGUGGGUAGUGCCCUUCAACUUGAUCCCCAUCAUUGACGUCGAGAUCGAUGGCGAAAUUCGGAGCAUGGCCGCACAGUACAUGUGUGAGAAGCUGGGUGUGCAGUCCAUCAACGACCGGGUGAAGCUAGCAGAAGCUCAUGACACCUGCUACAAGCUGGGCUUUGACAAAGGUGUUAUGUCGACUGGGCCUUUCAAGGGUCAGCCUGUCAAGAAAGCCAAAGUCGAGUUCAGAAACGUCAUGAUUCAGGCAAAGCAAGCGUUUACGUACUCAGAGCCAGAGAAGAAGGUAGUUUCAAGAUCGGGUGAUGAGUGCGUGGUGGCUGCAAUUGAUCAAUGGUACUUGAAGUAUGGUGAAGAGUCUUGGAAAGGACAGAUUGAGGGCCAUCUGCAGAGCUCCAACUUUGUCAGCUACAACGAUCGCAUCAAGGAGUCGUUCGAGGAUGCAAUUGGCUGGCUCAAAGAAUGGGCAUGCAGUCGAUCCUUCGGGCUGGGCACGCAGGUACCUUGGGACGAGCAAUUUGUCAUCGAGUCACUGUCAGAUAGCACUAUUUACAUGGCUUACUACACGGUGGCACAUCUGCUCCACGGAGAGGACAACUUGGAUGGUGGGCAGGGGAGUCCAGCCAAGAUUCAGGCUGAGGAUCUUACUGACGACGUGUGGGAUUUUGUUUUCCUCAACACGCCUUUGCCGAAGAAGACUAAGAUUCCUCAGAAGACACUGGAGAAGAUGCGGAAAGAGUUCAGGUUCUGGUACCCCAUGGACCUGAGAGUAUCCGGCAAGGAUUUGAUUCAGAAUCAUUUGACUAUGGCUCUGUACAACCACGCAUGCGUUUGGGAGAAGGAGCCCGAACUCUGGCCGAAGAGCUUCUUCUGCAACGGCUGGUUGUUAGUCAACAACGAGAAGAUGUCCAAAUCGAAGGGAAACUUCUUCACAGUGGAGGAGAUCAUCAACAAUUACUCUGCGGACACGGUCCGCCUUGCAAUGGCAAACUCCGGCGAUACACUGGAGCCAGCAAAUUUUGACCAGACAGUGUGUAACAAAGCAGUACUCACUCUGGCGGUCUUUUUGGAGACCAUGAAAGCACUCGUCAGCGGCAGCGAGCCGCUUGAUGCAGGUAGCGAGAAUACGCGUUUCGUGGACAAGUGGUUUGCCAACGAAAUGAAUCGCCUGGUGUUGGAGAGUAAGAGAUUCUAUGAGACGAUGUACUAUCGGGAAGCUCUACGCACAUGCUACUUCGAGUUCACGUCCGUUUUCGAUCAGUAUCGUGACAUUUGCAAAGCUGCCAGCUGUCGGCCCAACAAAGCUUUGACCAUGCGGUAUCUGGAAUGGCAAAUGAUAACACUGUCACCAAUUUGCCCGCACUUCUGCGAGCACGGUUGGUCCACCGUCCUUGGAAAGACGGGAUCGGUGUUGGACGCGAGGUUUCCAGCUCCGACAGCUCAAGUGGACACUUCCCUGUCCAAUCAGGGCGACUACAUGUUCAACAAGGUGCCCCACGACUUCAUCAAGCUGCUGGAGAAAGCAACCAAAGCCGGGACGGCAAAGUCUGCCGUUGUCUAUGUUGCAAAGGAGUUCCCUGACUGGAAGAAGACAGUCUUAGCGAAGCUCAGGUCGCGACAUGGUGCCGGCAAGUUACCCCUGGUGUCUCAGGAAGACAUGAAGGCGAACCCGGAAGCCUCUGCGCAGUGGAAGGAAAUCAUGACAGAGUUGAUGCAGGACGCGUCGCUGAAACCCUUCGGCAAGCAUCUGGGGCCCUUCGCUGCUUUCAAACGAGACGAGGCUGCUGCAUUUGGAGCGAGUGCCUUAGAUGCAUCCUUACCGUUUGAUGAGCUGGCCCUGAUUGCCGAGAACGUGCCAUACUUGCAGCAGAAGUUGCAGGUGCAGGUGGAGGUGUGCUCAGCCGAGUCCGCCAAACCUGACCACAAGGAUGCAGCUGGUAACUCACAGCCUGGGAAGCCCGGCAUCCACUUCGAAAUUGAAAGCAGCAAGACAGGUGGUGGUGGAGGUAAAGCGAAACCAGCAGAGAAGGCAGAGAAGGCGACCAACGGCAAGGCUGCGCCAAAGGCUGCAGCCAAGGCUGAAACCAUCAGUGACCUCAGAAAGCUGAACGAGCACCUCAGCACAAGGCUAGCGAUUCGUCGCAUGGCCAGAUGUUUGUGCAUUGUGCUUGCUCUUGGCUCUCUGGUGGUUCCUCUGCCAUCUCAGACGAUUUAUGCAAGAAAGGAGAAGCUUGUAGAGAGCCGCUUCAUUGUGCGUUACCCGGAAGGGUCAGGGGAGAGGCUCAAUGAGUACGUGGCACGUUUGGAGAACAUUCCUGGCAUCCGCAGGGCUGAUGCAUUGAGACGCUUGGACAUGGCUGUGGUGGUUUGCGAGGCCGGUGCUGACGAAGAUUCUGUUUUGCAGGCCAUCGAUGCAGACAAGGAUGUGGAGCUUGCAGUUCCGGAUUCCUGGGUCUACGCAUUUGGUGCUGAUGCACAGAUGUGCUCUGCAAAUCCCGGCUGCCGCGCCUUGAACUUGCAAGGCAGCUGCUGCCCAGCCUCGGUCCACGGCGGCUACAUUACGGUGUCGCACUUCGGGCGUGUGGGUUGGCGAGGGAAGAAGACAGAUCCAGAUGCACAAAUCCAACUUGAAGCACAUCCAGAUGGUUAUGUGUCGCUGCGCUCCAGUCAUGGAACAUACCUUGUGACAAGUCCAUCUGGACAUCUGGUGGCAUGGCAUCGCGGACAUCGAGACGCUGAUGAUUGGGAAAAGUUCAAGCUUAUUUACAACACCGAUGACACAAUUUCCCUUCGCAGCAAGGUGUCCGACAAGCAUGUCAGUCGGGACAAUUCUACCUCAGACAUGCUUUCAGCCACAACGGAUAGAGUUGAGAUAAGUGAGCGGUUUAUGGUCACCAUGACUCAUGGCAAAGAUACCCUGGUUCCCAAUGACCCACGGCUUUCGAAGCUGUGGGCCAUCGAUCACUUUGGUGAUCGUGACAUGGACGCAGUUGAGGCAUGGAAAAUGUCUUCGCGGUCAGUCAUGGAAUCAGCACAGCCUGUUGUGGUUGCGGUCAUUGACACCGGAAUUGACUACACGCAUCCGGAUUUGCAGGAGUCCAUGUGGGUCAAUCCAAACGAAAUUGCUGGCAAUGGCAUUGACGACGAUGGAAACGGCAUUGUGGAUGAUGUGCAUGGGGCAGACUUUGCAAACAACGAUGGGGAUCCCAUGGAUGACCAGAUGCAUGGAACCCAUUGCGCGGGCACCAUCGCUGCCACUGGCAACAACAGCAUUGGAAUUGCCGGAGUUGCGUGGCAGGGCGUCCGUCUCAUGGCCUUAAAGUUCCUAACGUCAACAGGUGGAGGCCGCACAUCCGAUGCCGUGAAGUCGUUGAACUAUGCAGUUGCCAUGGGUGCCCAGAUCCUGAGCAACUCUUGGGGUGGUAGUGGCUCAUCUUCUGCUCUCCGAGUGGCCAUCGAGAGGUCCGAGCAUGCUGGAGUGCUCUUCAUGGCAGCUUCCGGCAAUGACGGCCUGGACAAUGAUGAGGUGCCGAAUUUCCCGGCAAACUACCCCAACGAAAACAUCAUAUCUGUGGCUUCAACCACGCAGAAAGGAGACUUGUCUGCCUUCUCCUGCUAUGGCAAAACCACGGUAGAUGUUGCUGCUCCGGGAAGCGACAUCUACUCGACCAUACCGGGCGGAGACUAUGCAUCGCUCAGCGGCACAUCCAUGGCGACGCCACACGUCAGUGGCUUGGCCGCUCUAAUUUGGCUCUACCGGCCCGAGCUGGCGGUGAGUCAGGUCAAGGACAUCAUCCUUCGCUCGACGGUUCCAGAGAAGAGUUUAGAGAACGCUUGCGUGACGGGUGGUCGGAUCAAUGCUCGCCGUGCCAUGGGCCUGGCUUCGAUUUACCCAGCACCAAGGCCUCCAAUCCAUGCACCUAAACAGGUUCGUUUUGCUGACACAAACCCCGGUGUUGGCCGCAUCGGUGGUAGUGUCAUCAUAUCUGCCCCCGACGAUCAAAGCGACAUCGAGUACUAUGGUGUGCACUUCCUUUCCUCGGCUGGUGUUCUCAUGGAAAGCAUCGGACAAGCCAAUGUCUCCGGCCAUAAAACUUUGAGCAUCAAGUUGGACAACUUGACGAUUCCAUUGUUUGCCAAGGGCAUGGCUGCGGUUGCAGCAAACAGUAGUGGGAGGAUGCCAGUCACAGCAGCUGCGGUGUUGGAGAUUGAGGACUACGGCGUUCCCGAGGCUGGCCCAGAGGACGUGUCAUUCGGUGGUGACGCAGAUCCAGUGGCCGGCAAAGUGGGCGGCAGCAUCAAGAUCCGUCGGGCAUGCAAUGAGAGAACCGUAAGCCACUACAACAUCUAUUGGCAGCAUGCUUCCGAGCGUGGCGAUCUGCUUGGCUCGGUUCCAGCAAUUGGAUAUCUCUCCCCUUCAUGCACAGGUGACUGCUCGCUGCUGAACAUGAGCUAUGAGAAUGGAAAGCACCUCUAUCACCGUGAUGCUUACGGCAACAACGAGCUCGCAGUGAUUACCUUCAGUGGCCCUGCCACUGUGAAAAUCACAAGCUUCUUGACGGAAAGCUACUACGACUACCUGGAAAUUGCCGGAACACAAAUAAGUGGAACAGACCUGGAGCUUCCCAAAGUCAUUCAUGUGCCAAGGGGAGAUCAGACACUCACGUGGCUCAGUGACCACAGCGAGGGCGAAGGUGGCUGGAGCCUUGAGUUAUGGCAGGAUGGUGAGGAAGCACGAUUUUCCCUGCCAACCUCGAGGGUUUCAAGCGCUGAUAUUAAAGUCGUUUCGGCCUAUGGCCGGACAGAGCUCUCCUCAGAGGCCAUGUCCUGCCCGAUUAAUGACUUUGAUGCAAACUCCAUGCCCCCCUCCAGAGCCUACUUGCCCGAUUCGGUGGAGUUCAAUGAUGAAAACGUGGAGGAAGGCGUCAUUAGCGGAGCAAUCACGUUGAGGCUGCCCGAGGUUCGUCUGCAAGGCAUCGUCUCGUCCUAUCGUGUGCUGCUCGCUGACAAGGCCGGUGUCGAAAUCCCAGGUUUCAGUUGGACCAAAGACCUGGGCCACGAGAGCACCGACAGAGAUACUCUGCAAGUACAGUUGCCUGGAGAAGGCUUGCAAGUGCCAGAUGCGGCUGCUUCCGUAGUUGUACAUGCUGUGAAUCCGUUCGGGGUGAGCGCGGCGACUAAAUCUACGAAGCUCAUGGACAUUGUCCGAAGUGUGCCGGUCUUUGCCAACUUUUCUGGCGAUGAAGACCCAGUCGAAAACCAAAUCAAGGGUACCGUGACCAUUCUGCCAGCUGCGAAUCCAAAAAACAUCAUUGCAUACACGGUUUAUCUCUCCACCGGCCAUGAGAAAGUAUCUUUGAUUGGACGGGUAGCGGCAAGAAAACCAGGAGUGGUGCGAUAUGCUUUGCAUGCAGCCUUCAGACCUGGACAGAGUCUCAUGGUCGUGAGUUCGUAUGCAGACAAGGAUAUGGAGCAUGGUGUCGUUAUCGCUGUUGAGGAUUUUGUCGAAUCCUUUGCUGGCUACGGUUGGUACGGUUGGGGGGGAUAUGGAGACAGCACUGGGAACUCAGGGGUCGCUGGCGGCAACCGUCGAUUGGACAGGGGCGGAAGGGUUCAGGAGCCAUGGCUGAAGCACGAUCGUAAACCUGGCGCAGGUGAUGUUCAACCGCUUUGGUCUGCAACCGACUCGCGAACCCUUCCGCUUCCUGUCUCAAACGCGGGUCGCAUGCCUCUUGGCAACAGGCAAGGCAUUUUUGGCACCGUCACAAUUCCGGGCUUUCUUAAGCCGAUCAAACUGCAGACCGACGGCCAGGAUCAGUUUGUUCCACCCAGCGUCCGAGAGAGACGGAUUAUUGCUGAAGUGUUGUCCGAGUCGCUGCCUGGAGUGCAGCAUGGACAAGUCAAGCUUACAUUAGGACGUGCCUUUAAAGAUGCUUCCACUUUGCCUGGAGUGGGCUCUGAUCAGCCAGCCGUACGGGUGAUGCCGGGGGCAGCGAGCCUUGUGGUUGACUUCGAAGUCCUCGCACCCCACCUGGAGCCAGAGGCCUUGCAGCAAUUCUUUGAUCGGGUGGAGGCCAAGCUGAUACUGCUCAGCAGCGGAGGAGCAGCAACUGCUCGCCUGUCAUCUGCAUUAGCUAAACGCUUGGAGCCGUUGGGGUACCAAUUUGCCGCAGGCUUUCGAGUCUUCAUGGGGGAGCCACAGCAAGUAACGCCAAAAAUGCAACCAGGUCGCCUGCUUCAGGAGGCCCAUGAAAUCGGGGAGGCGUCCAAGAAAGAACAUGUACAGACAGCUUGGACAACAUCCGCUCUUGUGUUCUUGAUGUCCGUGGCUGGAUGGGCGGCUUUUCUGGCAAUGGCCGUGGGCCGCGCCAGACGAAUUAAAAAUGGGAGUGAAGCCGACACAGCCUUGGAAUCUGUACAAGUCCACAACGCUGACAGGGCAACCGGCUGA